AUGAGUGCUACACCUACUGUUAAACCUGGUGCAGGCAAAGAAUUAACAGCGGAAGACAUGGCAGUAUUAAAAAUUCGUUCAAAACUUAGUGAAAGCGACAUUAAAAAAUUACAUGCAGAAUUCUGGCAUGACAAUCCGGAUGGCAUAAUGACGAAUGAAACAUACGAAAAAUUCUAUCAGAAACAAAAGGAAGAUAGCACUAUACGAAACUUUCCUCGCGAACUCGCAUUUAAUCUGUUCGAUUCAAAUCACGAUAAAAAGCUUGAUUUUGUGGAAUUUUUAAUGGCCAAUGCUUUUGCAUCGGCAGAAAAUAGACGUGAAGCAUUAGGAUAUUUAUUCGAUAUGUUUGAUACUUCUCUUGAUGGAAGAAUGGAUAUGACUGAAUUAGCAGCUUUUAAUUCGAUCGUUACUACCAGUGUAAAGAAAACUCAGAAUGCUUCGACGUCAGAAGCUAUGAAUGUUGCUGGACAAAUUUUUAGUUUCAUUGGUUUGAAUGCUGAAAAAAAAUUAACUAAAGAACAAUUUAUUGAAGAAUGUGAAAAAAUUCCAUUACUCAAAACAAUGUUCAAAGUCAAGAAAUAA